AUGCACAAGAAGACCCUAUCAUUUUGCAAACUUUCCAGAGGUGAGAGGACAAGCAUGCUCCUCCACCUGACCUCCAUCCUCUUUCUUGCUGCGAGCACGGCUUGCUCCUCGUUCAAUCCGCACGUAGCAUAUGUCAAAGAGCCUAGCACCAUCAUCUACGAGCCCAACGCAUUCACUACGGGCGUCUCAAGAAGAGGCUUAAGGUCUCAUGACUCGGCUAUGAAUGAUGAGCCCAACACCGACGACAAGACCAACCAAGAGAGAGGGUGGAUCGAGGUGCUCCGAAUUAAUCAUUGUAUUGAAAUUUCAAAGCAAUAUUAUACAAUAAAUGAUUUAUUUUUGAGGUACGCAGGAGGUGCUUCGUACGAACGGACAGCGGAGCUAUCACUUUCAAUAAAUUAUUUUCACAUGGUCUUUCUAAUAUUGUUUUUCGAUUACUUUCCCGUGUUUUCAGCUUAA